GCUGUUGGGAAGGGCUCAGUAACAAAUCAGAUAUGCCUAAGACAGAGCAGAGGUAACGCUGAAGCAAGGAUGCUAUUGCUGGUUUGUGCAUUGGGAAGAAAGCUGUAAUAGCAGCAGCAGCAGCAAUAACAACACCAGCAGCGGCAGCAGCAGCAGCAAGAGACCUUCAGAGAGCCGGGGUUGCAGUAGCCGGAGAUACAAAGAUCCUGUUACGCCUCUGUCUCUCCUAAGUUCAGAAUGGUUCCUACAAACCUUAUCCCACGUGUAGUAAAGGAUGUACAGGAAUAUGGAAUUUGCUUUGUAAUAACUGGAUGCUGAGGAAAUAAAGACGUGCCUCUGGUUUUUUGUUGUUGGGUUUUUUCCCUGCCUUUCUUUUUAAAUCAUCGGAAACAGAAGAGAUUGCUUUGCUCAGAGAAACUAAGUUUUAUCUGUCGUCACAAUAAUUUAAAGGGGAGGUUUCGGAACUGAAAGGUGACCAUUUUGCUACCUGUUCCCUUGCACCUGGGACUGAAAAGUGAAGAGAAAUGGACAGUGUCUCAGAGGAGACAGGAAUGACUGAAGCUUGGUGAAAGCAGCCACUGAUUGUUGUCUGCUGUCCUCUUCAUGCAGUGCUGUGGGCUGGUGCACCGACGGCGAGUACGGGUUUCCUAUGGUUCGGCGGACUCCUACACCAGCCGUCCAUCUGAUUCAGAUGUAUCUCUGGAAGAAGAUAGGGAAGCAGUGCGGAGAGAGGCAGAGCGACAGGCCCAGGCACAGCUGGAAAAAGCAAAGUCAAAACCUGUUGCAUUUGCAGUUCGGACAAAUGUUGGGUACAGUGCAGCUCACGAAGAUGAUGUCCCAGUCCCAGGCAUGGCCAUCUCAUUUGAGGCUAAAGAUUUUCUUCAUGUUAAAGAAAAAUUUAAUAAUGACUGGUGGAUAGGACGAUUGGUAAAAGAAGGCUGUGAAAUCGGAUUCAUACCAAGCCCAGUCAAACUAGAAAACAUGAGGCUGCAGCAUGAACAAAAGGCAAAACAAGGAAAAUUCUACUCCAGUAAAUCAGGAGGAAACUCUUCAUCCAGUUUGGGUGACAUCGUUCCUAGUUCCAGAAAAUCGACGCCUCCAUCAUCUGCUGUAGACAUAGAUGCCACUGGCUUAGAUGCAGAAGAAAAUGAUAUUCCAGCAAACCAUCGCUCCCCCAAACCCAGUGCAAACAGUGUAACAUCACCCCACUCCAAAGAGAAAAGAAUGCCCUUCUUUAAGAAGACAGAGCACAUCCCUCCCUAUGAUGUAGUGCCUUCUAUGCGACCAGUAGUUUUAGUGGGGCCUUCUCUGAAGGGAUAUGAGGUAACAGAUAUGAUGCAAAAAGCAUUAUUUGAUUUUUUAAAACAUAGAUUCGAAGGGCGUAUAUCAAUUACACGAGUCACAGCAGACAUCUCGCUUGCCAAACGCUCAGUGUUAAACAAUCCCAGCAAGCACGCGAUCAUAGAGCGCUCUAACACCAGGUCAAGCCUAGCUGAAGUUCAAAGUGAAAUUGAACGGAUCUUUGAAUUGGCCAGGACACUGCAGUUGGUAGUGCUUGAUGCUGAUACCAUUAAUCACCCAGCUCAGCUGAGCAAAACCUCUCUGGCUCCCAUUAUAGUAUACGUAAAGAUUUCUUCUCCUAAGGUUUUACAGAGGUUGAUAAAAUCUCGAGGGAAAUCUCAGGCCAAACACCUUAAUGUUCAGAUGGUAGCAGCUGAUAAACUGGCACAGUGUCCUCCUGAAAUGUUCGAUGUAAUUCUUGAUGAGAACCAGCUUGAAGAUGCUUGUGAGCACCUUGCUGACUAUCUGGAAGCCUACUGGAAGGCCACACAUCCACCUAGCAGCAAUCCUCCUAACCAGCUUCUCACUCGCACACUUGCAACAGCCACUCUUCCUAUUAGCCCGGGUCCAAAUAUUAAUUUACAGCAGGGCUCUCAAGGAGACCAGAGGAAUGACCACGCGGUCCCUGAGCGCAGCGGUUCCCACAUUGAGGAGGAGGCACGGGUGGAACCCAUCAGGAAAUCCCAGCACCGCUCCUCCUCCAGCCAGCACCACAACCAUCGCAGUGGUGGCAGAGGCCUUCACAGGCAGGAAACUUUUGACUCAGAAACACAAGACAGCAGAGAUUCAGCGUACGUAGAGCCAAAGGAGGACUACUCACAUGAGCACGGUGACCACUAUGAUUCUCACAGGGAUCAUAAUCACAGAGACGAGUCCCAUGGGAUCAGUGAACACAGACACAGAGAGUCCCGGCACCGCUCAAAGGAGAGGGACCGCGAGCAGGACCACAACGAAUGCAACAAACAGCGCAGCCGCCAUAAAUCAAGGGACCAAUAUUGUGACAAGGAUGGGGAAGUGAUAUCGAAAAAACGUAACGAUGCAGGAGAGUGGAACAGGGAUGUUUACAUCCGUCAGUAACUUUUGCCUCUGGCAGUCUUGUGUUUCUUUGAAGUCUUGUAACAAUGCCCCUUGAAAAUAUCUUGGGUUCUUCUUUGCAGAACAUAUGGUAUCCUUCUGUAUGCUGAUUUGUAUUGCUGUUGCUUGCAUAGCAAUAGCAUGAAAUAGAAUAUUCAUAUACUUAUUUUUUUGGUUAGUGCUAUAUGAAUUAGCGUAGUACAACUGAAGAGUUCCUGAUGUUGUACUAUGACAUUUUUCAAGCUGUUUUUGGUAGCUGCCACUUGAACAAUAUCUGUUGCCAUCAAGGUGUUGUUAGUGUUUUUUAAAAAAAAGGUACAUUUGAUGUUUAAUAACUUCCCAUGUAUUCAGCAAGCCAGGAUCAGCACAUAAAAAAAUCUAAAACUUUUUGUCUGCUCUGAUUUUUAAUUUGUAUGCACUUGAUUUGCAUAUUGAUUUAAGCACCACUCUGUUGCUUGUACCUCUGGUGGUCUCCGUAUGAAGACAGAAUUCAGUCUUGCCUUACACACAGGGGAUCAUGGAGUCAAAAUCUAUUUUCUAUGUAUUGGUACUGUGUACUGUAUAUACAGUUUAUAAAUGUUAUUUCUGCAGACACCUUCUUACUAUAUAAGUUUGAUCACACUGUUUUAGAGUCCUAAUGCCAAGUCAGCAGAUUUGCUUUUGAAUUACUGGCAACUGGAACUAGCCUCACUUAGGAAAUCUGUAACAGUGUUCAAUCUAAAUACUUUUUCUUCUGUAGCAGAAAGCUUAUACUUAUUGUAAAUAUGGAUGAGUGCUUGAGAUAAAGGGUGUAACUCUUAUACCUUACGCUGUCCUUGCAAACCAAAUUUUGGAUUUUAAAGUUACGGUAAAGUUAAUGAACUUACCAGUAUAAAUUAUUCUUCUCUAUUCAGGUCACAAUAUUGCAAUGGGCACAGCUUAAUUUUUGUUCUACUGUCAGCAAACAGAGCACACAUGUUGGAGGUGUGUAUGUGAGUGGGUGGGUGGUGGAUUGACGUUCGUGUGCGUGUGCACGUUAGGCAGCAAACUGUGAGAAUCUACUGAAGAAAACAAAGGUUACUCAAAAGCCCAAAAAGUCUAUUUCUGCAUUCUGUCUCUUAAUUUAAAAAUCCAAAUUGCAUUCAGGGAAUAUGAGGGAAUUUACUGACCCAGGUAAUUGGGAAAGCAAAAAUCUGCUGGCUCUUUGUUGAGAUUCAGGAGAGUAAAAACAGGCAAAUGUUACUGUGAGUUUCACUGGAAAUGUAAAAUCUUUGUGUUUUAGAGUAUUUGUUUUAGUAAGAAAAGUUUACACAGCUUGUGGAGAGUUAUUUUGUUGGAAAAUAAAUUUUUGUAGCUUCUCCACUUUUUCUACACUUGCCAAUUCUCUGCAUUCCCACUCUGCAGCCAGCUCACUGCUUUUCCUUCACCAAAGGUGUUGUGCUGCUGAUGAGAGCAUAGAAAAAUGACUGUGACUCUGUUAGGAGCUUUCUAGAGAAAAUGCAUUGAAAUGGAAGGGAGUGAACACAGUUUGUUUUGCACUGAACGCCUGUUGCACUGGUAAGUGGGGGGAAAUUCUCUAUUAUUUUUGACUCCAGGUUCCAUACCCUUGCCUAGUGUAAAAGCUGUUCUGCAUCACAUGUAGUCUUUGUAGUACUUGUAUUAAUGAAAUACUUUUUGUAUUUCCCUGUAAAUAGCACAUUAUAUAAAGACUGUAGUGUGAUAAUAAU